GGUUCCGGCGUCUAGCUGUCAAAAGACGGGACAUUUCGUAAAAGACGGCCCACUGAUCGUCCUAGGAUUUGUGCAACCACCACCCACCACCUCAACUACUAUAGCAGUGGAGCGUGUAUCACGUGUGUCUCCACACACCAUGUCCGACACGCCAUCAGAUUCCAGCUCUCAUUCAGUCCAGGCACCCACGGUCCACGGCCUCUCCGUGACCCCGCUCACACAAUGUUCUCACUGGCACUCCCCUCUCGACAUCAUCGCCAUCAAACACUACUGCUGCAACAAGUUCUAUGCCUGCAUCAGUUGCCAUGAUGCAUGCGAGGAUCAUAAACCAGAUGUUUGGCCAAUAAGCCACAACAAUGAAAGAGCAGUACUAUGUGGAGCGUGCAAAUAUGUCUUGACGGUGGAUGAGUACAUGAAGAGCGGGAGCCAAUGUACGAAGUGCGGAAGUGGGUUUAAUCCAGGGUGCAAGGGGCAUUGGGGGCUGUACUUUGAGCUGGCAGGGAAGAGCUGAAGAGUUGGUAUUAAUUGAAGAUGGCUAGGUCUCAAUACCCUUCUCAACAACCAGAUCCACACUGCAUGUGUAGAUAUGGCGUGGAGAUUGCACGCUGUCACUCAGCUGAAGGGGAUCGUCAGCUCCGUAUUCAAAUUGAUAUGCGCGU